AGACUUCCAAGAGCAAAUUAAAGUAGAAAAAAGAAUCUAAAGUCGCAAUGCGAUUGAAACUUAAGACUAGUCAAACAAGGCUGGCUGAUAUACUUAAGAAUACAACUCUAAGGGAGCAAUUUAUAGACUAUCUCCAGAAUAAAGAGAAAAGUAUAGAGAACUUAGACUUCGUACUAUGGUAUGAGGACUACAAUCGUAGAUUUCCGAAGACUCCACUCGAUCAACAAAGAGUCGAAGUCGACAACAUAUUACAAACCUACUUUGACGGUAAAUCACUAUCAGAACUCAAUUUAGACGAGGAUGUCAAAUUGACUACCCUCAAGAAUGUCAAACUUUCUUUCGAUAACAGUACGACGAUUGAUCCGUUGACGUUCAAGCACGCCUACGAUAUAUGCUUUCAUCUAAUAGAAUCAUCUAGCAUUCCAACUUUCACGUCUCUUCAUCGUAAAAGACCUUCAUUGAGGAACUUUUUUAAUCUCAGACGCAGCUCUUCCGGUCAAUCGCAUUCAUCUCGCACAUCAGCUAUAUAGACUCGCUUCAAACAGUUUCAUAGACUUUAUUCUCGUUUUGUUGAAAAAGAUAUCCAUAUAGAGUUACUUGUUAAAGAAUGACUUGUUAUUUGUUAGCUCUGAUAAUGUUCAAAAUCUGCUAUUAUUGAUUGAUUGUUAAAAUGCUAAUUUAAUUUACAAUUAUAGUGGCCUUAAUUCCGGCCUCAAUGAGAGUGACGAUCGACGUGAAUGAAUGGGUGAUGACAAAGGACUCAUCUGUAAUUGCGGUCGAAAUUUUCCAAUUGGUGAUUGUGAAGUUGUAUGAUUUAACAAAGGAGGUAACGAUAUCUCCGGUGUUGGUUCUAAUGAUGUUAAAAGGAAUGGUGACGAUAUUUUAUUAUCUUUAGACUUAGCGACCUUCUCAAAAAGCGCCUCAAGUUGCUUUCUGUAGGUUUCAUAACACAUGAGUGAGUAUAUUUUUACGUACUAAUAAUAUCUUAGUAGUGUACGUUACUUAAUAAUAGUUACUCACAUGUGACUGAAUAACGUUGUAUACUUCAACCUUAUUCAAAGCCAACCAACAAUGCCAAAGUUGAAUACGUUCGCGAUCAAGUUGACAAGCUGAUUGUAUACGUGUUAACCUCCUCAAAUUGAUCUGAUCCCAAACUUUCUGGUCUUCGUCUGAUAUAUAGAUCGGAUAAUGCAAAAAGGGAUCAGCUACUGAUAUUUGAGAAUUUUGCGAAUUAGUUCGAUUUAUAAAUGAAUUUGAAGAUGCAAAGCUAGCUGAUGAUGCUGGUAAAUCACUAGGUCGCACCGGAAGGUAUGCGACCUCGCAGUUAUUAUCUAAUUCGAAUAUAGACGCCGGUGGGGUAUUGUCUACUUCACUACUGAGAUUUGUAGAAUUGGCCGAUUUUGGUGAAUUUGGUAUUUUCAAAUGAGAAGAAGACCUCGCUCGUGUUCUAAUAGAGUUCGCUUGAUUGGACUGCAAUUGAGAUUGUGAUUGCAAUAUUGGCGCAUUGGCCGGUCUUUUCCGCAAUCUAAUCCAUUUUCUUCUUCUAACAUAAGAGAACGGGCCACCGCAUUGUGUCCAUCUGGAAUUUUUGAACCAAGUAUUGUAUUCCCAGCCAGCUUCAUCACGUUUGCGACGACAAGACAUAUCUACAAGCAUAUGAGGAUGUACCCACUCCCAGAGGGGAUCUGGUGGUUGGAUAGAUUCAGGUGUAUAAGGCGAGGGUUCACCUUGAGAAUUUGUAUAGGGUGCUGGAUCUAUGGGGAGGAGUGAUUUGAAUGAAACUGAUAUAUUAGUUAAUAGGUGUAUCACUAUAUAUAAUUACCCACAAUAACCUGUUCCAAAGAGGAACAAACCUCGUUGAUUCUCGUAGAGGAUUUCCAUUUCGUACACAUCAGUGUCUCUAAAAACAUCUACAUCUGAGCUCGACGCUUGUGCACUGUUCAAUAAAAAUGAUUCAGAUGGUUGCCUAUCCAUCGUAGUCGAUCUCGUACGUUUCAUUGAGAGGAAUUCAUCGUUUACUUCGGUUAUAGGGUUAGCAACCGGUUCAACUGAUGUGUUAGUGUUUGUUCGAAAUCUUCUAAGGUUGCUGAAGUGACUGUUACUAGUUCUAAUCCUAGAUGGAGAUUUAUAGAGUGGUUCAACAGGCGGCGGUGUCCAAUUUUCGUUUGAAAGUUCCGGAGAAGCGAGUUCUAACUCAGGAGAUUUGUUGAGAGCCUUCAACUUCUUAGACUUAUUGAAGGUGUAUUUGGCAUCUAUAAGACGCUGCAAAUGUGAUUGUACCUCCUUCUCUGUAUCCCCUGUAGGGGUAUUUCGCUGACGGGAACGUGAUCUAUUGCGGUUUGAUUUUGAGGCUCUGCUCGCUCUAUCGCUACGUUGAUUUAUAUCCUUCAAAUCAUCUUUAGUUAGCGGUGAAGACGAAUGCCGCCUUAUUUUCAUUAAG